AUGGAUGUAAAUUUUGACAUAACCACAAGACAAAAAUCAGUCUUUGGUUGUUUGCAAACAACACAUGCUCAAGAUUUUCUCCUUGCUAUCCCUAUUGACGGUCUAGAGAAAGACAUGUCUCCAGUAGAGUACCAUGUCAUCCUUAAAUACCUACUUAUGAUUCAUUUAUUUCCCAUUGAUGAGGUUUUCCCUGUUUGCUGCAAUACGUGCUUGGAUACAUUUGGGGAACACACUAUUUAUUGCAAGGAGCUUCCAGGAUUCAAAUACCGACAUGACUUUAUCAUGGAUAUCCUGUUUGAUAUAUUUAAAAGUGAAAGGGUAUAUAUGAAGAAAGAGAGGUCUAUGAAUUUCUUGACUGACCCACAUGAGGGAAGAUUGACUCUUAGGCCAAUAAUUUUAGUAUCUAGUUGUCAAGGAUAUGGGCACAAAGAGGAUGUUUCUACAAAUUUCUCACUGACGAUUUCUCUACUUAUUCCUCAAGAGGAACAUGAUUGCCUAGACCUCCUCCUUGAUUGUGAGGAGGAGUUUGAUGUAUCUUACUUUUCUGGUGAUUUGAAAAUCUCGAAACUAUAUCUUGUUGUGACACAGUUGGCUCGAGAAUGA